GUAGAUUUUUUUGUCUGCAGUUUACCACGCAUGCCAGUACCAAUAGCUUGUCAUUAGUAUCUGCUAGGUCCUCGGCACUAUGUUGCCGCGGCCGCAGGCACGGCAAGGUGUUAUCUGCUGCGCCGUGCUCUUUGUAAUUAUUGCAGGCUUGGCGCAAUCAUUUGCUGCUGGCGCCCAAGGCCCGUAUGGCUACGAGUACCCCAGCCUUCCCUCACAGUGGGGUGGCAAUGGCCCUGGGUACCCAACCGCGUCGCCCCCGCCCUUCUUAGAGGAGCCAAAUGAGGCCUAUGGCAGCUCCCCCCCGCCUGGCACCUACUCCCUGCGGCCCCCACUUCAACCGCCGACCUACAGGACCAGCCCAACCGAGCCACCCAGCCUCAGCCCACCACC